UACAAGGACAGUUUAUUACUUUCUUAUUAUUAUUUUUCAGUGUUUCAACUAUUUUAAUAAAAGUCUAAUAAUUUUCAGUAAAUAUCGCUCAUUGGCCUAUUAUUAUUGAGUUCCAUUGACCUAUUUCUAACAAAAAGAUUCAUGGAAAAGUGGUGUAAGUCAUUAUUUUCAUAGUAAAAACUUGUUUGAAAAGUUAAAUAAAGAAAAUUUUGUAAAUUAACAACUUACUGAUUUAGAUCGAGUUAUUAGGAAACAUGUACACAUGUUUUUAAUGCUAUAUUUUGAGAAUUCUAUUUACAAUAUUAAGUCUAAUAAACCCUCUUAUUUCUCAAAAACUGUGAAAAGUGACUUACACCACUUUUCCUCUCAACGGCUCAUAUGUUCUACAAGAAUGACUGGUGUAAGAAUAAACAUAUUGAUCCAGUAUCCAUUUGUACAUUCAGUAACAAAUUUGAGGAAGGGAAUUUGGGUUUGUUCAGACCAAAGAAGGAUUUAUGUGACAGAUGUGAAUCAUUUAAAACAGGUAAUUUAGAUUCAGAAAAUUAUGAAGCACAUAUAUUGAAGAAAGAGGAGAGUCGCAUGGAAAAAAAUAAUGACAAAGAAAACAAGAAAUAUCUUACUUUUACUAUGGACCUACAAGCACUACUAAUGUGUCCUAAAUCAACUGUCUCUUCAUUGUAUUACAAAAUGAAGCUUUCUGUACAUAACAUGACAUUCUUUAAUUUAGAAACCAAAGAUGGAUACUGUUUUCUAUGGAAUGAGACAGAAGGGGGUUUGUCUUCCAAUGAGUUUGGCACUAUUAUAUCAAGUUUCGUCCUUUCUCUUCUCCCUCUACCUACAGAUAAAGAAAAAAUAAUUCUCUACAGCGACGGAUGUGCCUAUCAAAAUAGAAGUGCCAUCAUUUGCAAUGCUCUGCUACACAUUGCAAUUACAAAAAAAGUCGUCAUUGAACAAAAAUAUCUUGAGGUUGGGCACACUCAGAUGGAGGCUGACAGCAUCCACUCCACUAUUGAGCGAAGGUUGCGAUUAAGGAACAUUCAAGUGCCAGCAGAUUACAUCUCAGUGAUUAGAGAAGCAAGAAUCUCUCAACCAUAUUCGGUGCAGUACAUUGAACACAGUUUUUUCAAAUCCUUCAAUGAUCAUUUAUUUUAUAGAAGUGUUAGACCUGGUAAGGGAGUGGGAGCAAAGUGUGUAUCAGACGUUCGGGCAUUCAUGUACCAUCCUGAAGGGAUAAUUAAAUUCAAAUUGAAUUUUUCUGAUAAUUGGUCAGACCUUCCACAGAGGAGAAUCAUGACAAUGAAGCCAACAAAUCUUCAGGACAUACCCAAUCUUCUUGGAAAUAGGAGAAAGAUAAAGAAAAGAAAAUACGAUGAUCUUCAGGAUUUGAAAGCCAUCCUACCUGUGGACUAUCACCAAUUUUAUGACAGCAUUCCUUUCAUGGACAAAUAAGAAACUUA